AUGGGUGCUCGCGGAAAGCGAGUGCUGGCAUUCCUUGUGUUCACCUUCGGCCUGACUAGCGCUUUACGCGAUGAAACGAGGUUCGCCCUUGAAGCGGAUGAUGUCAAAGGCAGCUCUGGCAGCUCUUGCGCGAACUUCGUGAUGACCACAUUGACGCAGAUUGAUGCUGUCAAGGACCCUGGUGCUCGUAUCGGCGCAGUGUUGGCAGGGCAGGAUUUCUUAGCGGAUUGUUGCCGCAACACCGACUAUGAUGAGUUCCUGCAAGCCGCUGCGACUCCUAUGAAUGAGUCCUACGUGGUAAAAGGGCUGCCUUUAUUUGACAAGCAGACUGCACUGGUGAUCGUCGACAUGCAACGGGAUUUCACCGAGGGCUCCUUUGCUCAGCCCUGCUGGUCCAAGAUUGGAAAAAAGUUCCUGACGCAGAUGGUCGAUGCUAUUGAGAAAGCCCAGGCUGCUGGCUCCUUGAUCAUCGCUACUAAAGAUUUUCACCCCCAGGACCAUUGCAGCUUUGCCGGCGAGUCCAGCUGUAUGAACAAGAAGGAUGCCAACGAAGAGAGCGCCCUGUCGAGGUUAGCUAUUGAGAUGCGAAAUGCUGUUUUGCAUCAAGGCUGGAAGUGCGCCAUGAACUCCUUGGUUGUGGAUGAUGAAGACUUGUAG